CUUGAACUAGUUAUGUUAUAGAACCGUCUCUCGGAUUUAUCAAAGUGGUGUAUUGUAUUGUGUUGUGGGAGAGUCUGGUGAAGUGUUGUGGGAGUCGGGUGAAGUGUUGCGUGGGUUGACUGGCCUUGACUCCUCUGUUAACCCUUAUACAUCAUGGACUACCCCACCAUACUUCCUGGAUGGAAAUUUUAGUACCUAUAUGUGUUGGUUUUCCAAUUUCCAUCAAAACAAGCCCCUGCUGCGAAAACAACUAUAUAUGUCGAUUUUGCCACAAUGCCAGUGAAACUCACCAGCUGAUAAGAUCCAAAUUAUCAAAGGUAGAAUGCAUGAUGUGCCAGACUCAGCAGCCACUUGCCCAGACGUGCUCCAACAAGGAAUGUGGUGUAACACUUGGAAAUUACUUUUGUAAAAUCUGCAAAUUAUACGAUGACGAGGACAAAGAGCAGUUCCACUGUGAUGGCUGUGGGCUGUGCCGAGUGGGUGGCCGGGACAACUAUUUCCAUUGUGACACAUGUGAAUUAUGUCUCCCCCAGAUUAUUAAGGAUAGUCACAAGUGCAUUGAGAAAGUGAGCAAAGCCAACUGUCCUGUCUGCCUUGAGGACAUUCACACGUCUAGGAUUGUGUCACAUGUUCCUCCUUGUGGCCAUCUUAUACACCGACCAUGUUUUAAUGAUCUUAUUAAAGCAGGGUUUUAUGCAUGUCCGACAUGUAGCCAGUCCAUGAUUAAAAUGAAAGAGCUUUGGAAAUCACUGGAUGAGGAGAUUGAAGAUACACCGAUGCCAAGUGAAUAUGCUGACCUAUACUGCAAUGUUCUCUGCCGGGACUGCCAUGAGGAGUCCUUGACGAUGUUCCACGUUUUAGGCCACAAGUGUUUGCAGUGUGGGUCGUAUAAUACUGUGCGUGGUAAAGGAGGUCUUUUUCGUAAACAAGUGUCUAGAACGGAGACCAGUGAAGAACCAGGAAGCCCAGGUUCCAGUGCAAUGGGAGCAGAAGGAUUCAGUGAUGAGAGUGACAAAGCAGAGCACUAAAUAUUGUUUCCCUCAGGGCUUUCAAUGCAGUGCCACUGGGUAUAACAUGAAGAUGGUGGUGAUUUUUUUCUCCAGAUUUUUAAGUAAGCAAAAAUGGUAGCUUACUAUGAUUAUAAACUCAAUCAAUCCGAUAAAAAAUUUAUGUAUUUAAUAUGAUGAUUGUUGAAUUAUCCAGUAAAUUUUUUUGUGAGGCGACUGUUGUGAAGAUUUAAUCCUAGUUGCAACAUAGGAAUGCAUGUGAUUUUAGAGUUAUAGUGACUUUAAGUCCUAGCCAUGUUUUUAAUUUGUUCCUUUUUAGGAAUGUAGUAAAACCUCUUUAAUUCAACCAAGUUCAUUUUUAAUUCUUAAUAUGUGAAAAAUAGAUUUAUCAGUAAUCUCCCCGUUAGCUGGAAUCCCCGAUCACCAGAACUUUUCAGUAGUCGGAAUGGAAAUUGAGCUGGAAAAAAAAUCCGGGAAAACUCUCUCCAUUCUGGAUCUAUAAAUGAGUUUCUGAGGAUGAAAAUUAGGUGCAAUUUUUGGAAAAUUUUUGGGUAAAUCUGUCUAAUCCUCGCCAUUCUGGGCCUAAGAAUACAUUUUCCAGGAGCUCCAAGAGAUUGCAUCAUGCUCCAGCGCAUCCCCAUGUGCCAGGCAUGUGGGUGGCCAAGCUGCUUGGAUUGCAUAGUUCAUAUCCUUUUGCCAUUGUAGAAGGUUGUUCCAUCACUAGCUGCUGUUUUUGCAUACAAUUUGUGUUGUACGGUAUUGUACAUUACUGUACCAGGACACAAUUAGCGAGAAUAAAGUGUUAAAGCAGUGUUAAGACAUUAAGAUGUAAAAAGUUAUAUGUUACAUAUACUAUGCUGUACAUUCAGUAAAUGGGAAACUCUGGAGCACCUUAGCUUUCAUCUUUAUUUAAGGCACAUUCAGGAAAUGAGACCCACUAAUCCCUCACCCCAACAGUGGGUCAAAGGGUGAUUUGACAUUGCAUCAGAAGGUCAGUAAUAUGAGACCACUAAUCCCCCACCCCCACUGCAAAUGAGAGAAAAGUUUAUAUAGGAUGGGUGACCUGACAUUGCAUCAGGUUAUGUCAGUAACAUAGACCCACCAAUCCCCCACCCUACCUCAAGUGUUAAUACGUAAAAGUGAUUACAGUUCCAUAUUACAUUAAGCAGAGUGGACAGUUUCUGCCUACUCUUGGCUAAAGACAACAUCUGCUGGGGAGUACAGUAUACAGUAUACAGUAUUGUAAUAGUAUACAUUAUUUUGUUUACAGUUAUUUACAAUAUAUUGUACGUGUACCAUGGUGUUUGCAUAAAUAAAUACAGCUCAGUGCGAGAUGUGUUCUUUAGACCACUGCAGAGUGGAAAAUUCUGUUGUCUUGGAUGUGACAUACAACUCCAUUCACUCCUUGAAUGCCAGUAUUAUAUAGAUUGUUAUUUUUUAAAUAUAUUUAUUUAACCAAAUUUUUAUAUAAACUGUUCAGGAUUAUUUUGUUAAAAGAUAUUGCUUCUAACUUAAUUGGAACUGCUUUUAUAGACUGGUAUCAACAUUUCUUAAAAAUUUUUUUAAAGAAUCGAUUCCCCAUUACUAUAUUGUGUCAAUAUUUUGUUUGAGGGUCUUUUAUUGGAACAAUCUUGUAGAAAAGCUAUUCAGGAUCAUUAAGGUACCAAAUUCAUCUCACUAACACAAUUAGAAUAGAUGCUGUGAAUAAAAGUUUAUAUGGUACACUCUUUACGAGCCGUAAAUAUAUUUGCACGUGCCCACAGUCGAAAUAUAAUGGGGGAGUGUUUGUCUGUGCAAGAUGAGAAGAGUAGUCUAGACUCGGGAAAACUUUCCCCAGCACUCAGAAACAUUCCGGGGAUGUGGGAUGGUGUCUGUCCGUGCGAGAUGCGUAGUUUAGACUUACAGAAACUUUUCCCAUUAUCCGGAAAAGUUCUGUGAUGUGGUUAUUUUCUACACUUUGACUUUCUCAAACUUGGAAAAAAUCCCACAUCCCUAGAAUGUUUCUGGGUGUGGGGGAAAGUCUUCUGAGUCUAAACUACUCAUCUCUUCUCGACUCUAAACUACACAUCCAACCCGGAAACCUCUCAUCCCCAGAACAGCCCUGCACUAAUUGUUCCAGCUAACAGGGAUAUUACUUAUGAUGACCUUAAAAUGGUUGCAUUAAUAGCAAGAUGUUGAACUCUUAUGAUAACCUGACAUAAGAAUAUGCAACAGUAACUGUUAUCAGCACAGCAUUGCGGAGGCAAAUUGUAUGAAACUGAAAAUAGCCAAUAGAUCUUCCGAAUGUAUUUAUUGGUUUUACUCCUUUGUUGUUUUGUCUCUUAUAAAAUACUCCAUGUAAAAUUUCAGCAUUAUUGUGAUGAGUUUUAUAAAGAAGUUUAUAAGUACUGGUAAUGGGAACUUGUGACUUAUCUGUGGGCCAAAUCCACAGCACUGUACGUAAUGCACAUUUUGGGACAGUAGUCACAAUGCAUUUUUGUUGGUGUUAUUCAUUUCACAUUUGCAGUAACAAACUAAUGCAUGUGUGCAGAUAAAGGAAGUCAGGAUGUGAGAGUAGCUAGGUCCUGGCACGCAACAAAACCCCUAUGUGAGAUAAGGGGCAUGUACUGUAGAAGUUCCUGUUUUGUACAUUGUGGGUGACAGAAAAUUAUACAGUAUAUUUAAGUUUGUGUUGCAGAAAAGUUCAUGCUUCUGCAAUUGAAAACUAUUUGUUAAUUUUUUUUUAAUUAGUUCACUCAAAUUAUUGCUUUAUAAUAUUUAUACAAAGUAACUGCUUUUGAUAAUCAAAGCAUGUUUAAAUCCCAGCUUAGUUUAUAUUUCAUCCCCCUACUCUUUUGUCUUUUCCUAUAAUAAUGGAAGAUGGCUGGAAUCGACCAAAUGCACAUACUAUAUAUUCUCUCAUUACUGUACUUGCUCUCAUUCACUCCUCCUUCCUGCUGUAAUACCGUACUGUAGAUAUUUUCUGCUAUGGUACUCCUCAUCUACAAGGUCCCCAAAUAACUUUCUGGGACAUGGUGGAUAUUUAGUGCAAUGGACUACAGUAUAGUAUGUACACUUGGUAAAAAAAAACAUAUCUUUCAGGAGGGGUCUGAUGAAUUUGGAACUAAACAAUCCCAUUGUCUCGCUAGGGUUGGUAGGCAUGAUUGUAAGACAUUUCCUACCUAUUAUGGUCAUUUCAUUCAAAAUAUAAAAUUAGUUUGUUGCAUUAUGAUUGGUGAAAAACAGUAUGCCUCAUGAGCCUUUAUCAAAAACCUUCAUUCAUGGUGUCAUUUUGUUACGCACAAGAAUUGUAAAGAUACAGUACUUUUUUUACAGAGUGUACAGUCACUCAAAAAACUCUUAUUUGGGGAAUCAAUGAAGGAACUCCUAUUGUCUCGGUAGGGUUGUCAAAAUCCUUUGUCUGUCCUGUCAUAUUUUUUUCAAAAAAUUUCCGUAUAAAUAGUUUUUUGAGUGACUGUACAGUCAAAUAAAAACAUCAUAUUACACUUACUGUGCCUUAUGUUCUGAAAUCCACGACAAAAAUUUUUGGUAAAGUUCCCCGUUCAGAUUCGAACCUUGAAGCUUCGCUGUCACUUUACCCAAGUUCUUCUUUAUGGGUUUCGGAACAUAAUGCGAAGGGGAUUUAACACAAGUUUUUUCUCUGGCUGUACAAGAUUAACAAUGUUUUUCAUGAAUUAAUACUAACCAUAGCACCACAACAAAAAUGUGUUUAGUGGUUCUUCCACCACGUUAUCACCAUCAUUAAAUAUUCAUCUCAUUGGCUCAUGUUUACUAAAUUUGAUUUGAGGAGGUUUGAGUGAGAAAUGAGAGGUCCUCUUUAAAUUUAACAGAUGAUUAUUUUUUUUUUUCCGUGCUCUCAAUGGCAGCAUGUCAGAAGUUUAUUUAAAGCCUGGGUUAUGAAUUUGUGUCAUUGUGUCAUUUUAAGCAAAUUAACUGAAAAUGGAAAUCAGCCUAGGAAUCUUCCUUAAAUAUCCUCAUUACUUUUCAGUCUCCUCUGUUUCUGUUUACACUUAACAUUUUGCAGAUUGAAGCAAAAUUAAUUUACACUUGAGAAGAAUGUUAACUGAUUACCAUUAGAACAAUUUAACAAUUUAGUCGUUUUAAAACCCCAUUUACAUUUGCAGAAUUGAAGAGGUUUUGCUGUAUUUUAAGGUUUUUGUACCACAUAUGUCUUGCUUGUUUAAUUUAAAAGUCUAUUAGGUUUUUAUUGUCCUUUUUUUUUCUUAAAGAAGAGAUUAUAAUAUAUUAACUGGGGUGCAUGCUGAAAUUGGAUGGAGGGGGGAGGUCCAAAUAUCUGAGUUGGGCGAGGAACUGACAUGGUAAACUACAGAACAGUAACACUAGAUAAACUCCCCAAUAACACACAAACAGAUUGGGAUGAUUAUGGUACAGUGUAUUUAUGAUCAAUCCUUUUGGAACAUUAAACAGGUAAUAGCCAAAAGAUUUGUAAUUGAUAAUUUAAUCCAAGUACCUUUGGAUACUGUUAU